AUGGGUAAUGGAACGGUCAUUAUUCAAACAAAUGGAACUGAAAAAUCCUAUGAUUCAACACAGCCAAAAACAGUUAAUCCAUUUCUCGCGUAUACACCUAAUGGAACUGUUUCUAGUGCCAAGCUAUUCUAUGCUAAUUAUGGUCGACUUGAAGAUUUUCAAAACUUAGCAUCUAUAGUUGGGAACGUUAGUCUUCAAGGUAGUAUCAUCAUUAUGAAAUAUGGCCGUAUCUAUCGUGGAAACAAGGUCAUGAAUGCUCAAUAUUUUGGUGCUGUGGGCGCUGUAUUAUAUAAUGAUCCAGCUGAUUAUGCUCCAUUCGGAACAACAGUUGAUCAAGUCUAUGAUCGUAAAUGAGAUGCCUGGAGUUUAGGUGCCAUCGAUUCAAGCAGUGGUACUGCUAUUCUGCUGGAAAUAACUAGAGUUAUUGGUCAAAUGUAUAAAAAUGGAUUUCGACCUCGACGUAGUUUAAUGUUUUGUUCAUGGGGUGCUGAAGAAUAUGGACUCAUAGGUUCAGUAGAAUAUGUUGAGGUACAUUAUUUGCUUCCAUUAAAUAUGUAUGAAUAUUGA